AUGUUGAGCGUAACAUGUGAUAAUGCAUCGAACAACAAUGUGAUGGUCGAUAAGCUUGCUGUCUUGGUGCCUGAGUUUGCAGGAGAAGCAAGCCACACUCGGUGUUUUUUGCACACCAUCAAUCUUGUUGCCAAGUCGCUGAUACGUGAGUUCAAUGUGUUGAAGAAAGAUGUUGAGCGUGCCUGA